AUUGCUUCCUUUCCAACCAGUUUUAAAAUUAGGAGUUUGCCCAACGCGGUGAUUUGGUUUAAUAUUUUACUGUAUGCUUUGUGUGGCUGAUAUAAAAAUGGCGUGCUAUUAAAAAAUGUUUGCACUACAAAUUCCCCCUAUCUCAUAAAUCUUAAUACGCUACUUACAUGCGAUAAGGACGGUUACAAAUGUUUGCCUGGGUUUAUGGUUUUCCUGGAAUCUUGUUUGUUAAGAGAGUGCCUAUGAUGUCAACUAAUAGCAAACAAAGGCACAUUGAAAAUCAAACAUUGUAUUUAUUCUUAGUACUAAACCACUUUCGUUUUAUCAUGUACUGGGUCAAUGUUAGUCUGUGGGGCCAUUUCAUUAUUCCAUUUGUUGCUUUGGUUUUGGUAUGUGGGAGCCUUAGCUAGUAUAGGUUUUUAAAAUGGUAAAUUUUAAGAUAUUUCUAUUUGUGUUUGUACAAUUGUGGUUAUGUCAGUUAACCACUUCUCAAGAAGCUGUUGUUAAACACAAUGGUACAUGGCUCAAGUUUCACACCAAUGUCAUCAACAAUAAUACUCAGCAAAAGAACUACACGGAUGCAAAACAAGAGUGUGAGAAGGACAACGCUUCGCUAGUUAUCAUAAAAGAUGACCAAACUCAACAGGCCAUAAACGCACAGUUAUCUAAUUGGGAAUGCUGGGUUGACACCGAAACUAUCAACCCAGUUUUAAGCCAGGGUUACUGGGCAGGGGGCACAAAUGAAGCAAAUCAAACUGUAUGGUUAUGGGCAGAUGGAAGUGCUUUACCAUGUGAUGUCCAUAAAGAUGAACUGAACUGCACAAAUGAUGGGUAUUUUUACUGGCUAAAAGACGAGCCAAAUAAUUAUAUGAAUAGUGCGAACCAUGGCUUGUCUCUAGCACCCUUGUCCGAGUUUAACGCUACUAUUGACAAUGGUGCGACAAUGUGUUAUACCGACGCACUUGGUAAAUGGGUGGAUGAUGACUGGGGACGGCCUAGGAACUAUAUUUGUCAGAAAGGGUUUUGUGCGGACCAGCCAUGCCAGAAUGGUGGCAACUGCACUGCCCUUGAAAACAAUUACCAAUGCAACUGUGCUGUUGGGUGGUUGGGGGAAAAUUGUACAGUAAUAGACCCUUGUACAAGUACACCGUGUAUGAAUAAUGGUACAUGCCAUAACAUUAAUGAAACUAGCAAUUUCACUUGUGAAUGUGUGGAGUACUAUUAUGGGGAAAUCUGUAACCAAACUAUUUGUGAAGCAGCAGACCCAUGCCAGAAUAACGGGACCUGCUUGUUUGAAGACUCAAAUUAUAACUGUACUUGCAUGGGGGAAUACACUGGUUAUAAUUGCUCUAUAGACCCAUGUUUUAACCGCACAUGCGAAAACAACGGAACAUGUUUUAUUAGUAAUUACACAUCGCAGUGUAACUGCACCCAAGGGUUUCAAGGAGACAACUGCCAAACCAAAACGCCAAAAAACAACGAAGUAUGGAUACCAAUAGUAGCUGGUACAUUGGGUGGGGUUGCUCUGCUAGUUAUCAUUGCUGUGAUUGUGUAUUGCUGUUUAAAACAAAGGACACCUCCAAAACAAGAAAAUCCCAGACCUCAACCAAAACCUUCGAAUAAUUACACCCCAAAUCCAGUCCGAUUCUCUACAUUACAAUCCAACCAGGACAAUGAGGAUGAAUAUGCCGAUACCAUACCACAGCCUCAUGUAGCACCUCAUAAGGGCCAGCCAGAUUACACCAUACAGGCAGAAGCCCUCCUCUCAUAUUGCUUACAUACAUUAGAACAAGAAGAAUUUACAACACAGUUUAAAUCCCUCCCCGAUGUUAGAAGUGGAAGGAUUACACUGGAUGAAAUAGAACAAAAGUACGUUAACGAUGGUUGUGACGAUAUCCCUUAUCCAAGUUGCGCCUUGUCGCGUGAAAGCACAGGAAACCGAGGCCCACGCUCUGGGAUAAAUGGGUUUGUGUUGAGUCCAUACCCCACUAUUGAUUCAGCACAUAAGUAUUGGGAGAUGGUAAAAGAAGAAAGUUGUAGCAUGAUAAUUGUGUUUGGAUAUAUGAAUACAGAUGUAGAGUGUUUCCCACCUAAAAACCAAACCAAGAAAUAUGGAACCGCAAUAGUAAAAACGGUGUCAGAAGAACCACAUCCAUUUUACGUUAUUCGUGAGUUUGAACUACAAUUUGAUGACACUUAUCAUUCGGCACAAACUUUUGAGUUUAAACAUAUUCAAUGGACCGCGGAAGGCAGUGUUUACGAUGCAAUGAAACAUCCAAAGUUUUUUGACUUUUUUAAUGCUGUCCAAGCCAUGAGCACACGGAAUGCUUGUGGCGUCCGAGCUUCUAUAAGUGCAAAUGAUGAUUUAACUGAAGCUUCAUUAUUUAUUGCAUACCACAACCUUGUCUCCCAACUACAUGAGACUCAAAGUGUGAAUGUUUAUCAAACUGUAGCUGAUAUGAGGAAGACAUGCAGUGGGAUGAUACAUUCUCAGGAAUAUUAUAUGUUCCUACACCAAGCAAUUGCUGAAUACCAUACAUUGUUGGGUGGUAACUGCAGGCGUGAAAAUUUCAAUUUAUUCUAUGAGAGCCUCUGUGGAACAACCAAUGUCGCUGAAAAUACCACUGGUUUUGAUAGCCAACUUCAAAAACUGGAUACUCUGAGGACAGUUCAAAGCUUAACUGCCGAUACAAGUUACGAAGUUGGCAGGAACACACAGAAACAAAAGGCUAUAGCAAAAAGUAAAGACAAUAAAUUUUUGACUUUUCUUUCUUCUAACGGGGAAAACAUCCGGUACAGGGGAGUCGUGUUUGAGAAACACGGUUACUUCAGCAAAGUGAUUGCCACAAAAGUUCCAUCGGAGAAAGAAAUUGAUAAGUUCUGGCUGUGCGUUUUCCAUGCGAAAGUUGAAGGGAUUGUUAUGAUAACUCAGUUGCAUGAACGGGACGGGAACCAAUGUGCCCAGUACUGGCCAACUGAACUGGGGCAACAGACACGCUUUGGGAAUGUGAUAGUUGAGUUACAAAAUGAGAAAAGUCUUACUCAUUACAUCACAAGAAGGGAUAUGUUGGUGCAUCAUAACAAUGAAACGUUGGAAGUUGUACAAUACGAUUAUAUUGGUUGGCCUUUGUCUGGAGCCCCUGAAAGAUAUUAUGCCACUGAUAUCGUGGUAGAAUUGGGAGGCAUUAGAUUGAAUAAACCAGUGCUGGUGCAAUGCAACAAUGGAGUAAACCGGACAGGGGCGUUCAUAUGUUUGGUGGAACUUGUUUAUAACUUGACUACUGGAACAGAUAUAGACAUUGCACGUAGUGUAAACAAUAUUAGGAAACUCCUUCCAGAUUCAGUGCCCACAGUGAAACAACUAUGUUAUCUUGUUGAGGAAGUAAAGUAUUUGAUCGAACAACCUCGCAAAACAUGAUUUAGCUUUCCCCAUGUUGUUUGCAGUUUAAACGUUGGUCUAAUAUAGGAUUAAGGCUUUUUCAAUGACGUAAUGCUUUAGUAUAUAAAACUGUUUGUUUUGUUGCAUGCUGGGCAUAGAACAAGGAAUGUUUUUAAAGUUUUUUUGUGUAAAGCCUUUGUAUUACUUCCUUUAUAGAGUUAAUUUUUUUAAUUAUUUGGUUUCUGUAGCCUAUGGAAUAUAGUGUAUUAUAACUGUACAGUGAUUUACUUCAUAUUAUAGUUAGCAAUUUAUAUUGCUUGCAGUUGUAUUUUCAUAAACAAUCUUAUUUUAUUUAUAAUUAAUUAUGUUGUUAUAUCAGUAAAACGAAUUUGCCAUUUUCUUUGUUCUCUUGUAUUUUAUUUGACUUAUAUUUUGUUUCGAUAUAAUUAUAUAUACGCAAACACAACCUAAUUAGGCAAGCAAUUUCGCAACAAUGAAAGACUGAUCUGCAUUUGAUUCAUCUAAACUUGAAUGGUAUGUUACAUUUUCUUAUGAAUAAAAUAAAUUAUAAAUUAACUUGUUAAUUAUGUGCUCGUAAAAUUACUCGUUUAGAUCUUUCUAAGUUGCUGCUUUGAGAUUCUAAUAUAAUAAACAAAAAAUGAAUGAAUGUAA